AUGGACACUCCGGAGGAGCUGACCGCGCUCACCGACUGCGGCUACAGUCUGUUACGGCUGUCUGCCAUCACAGUGAAGGUAACAGGCUGGUGGAAAAUGAAAAACGAGUACCCUCCACAUGAUCUCACGAAGCGUGGCGUCUACGCUAUGUUUCUGCAAAGCCUGACUCACCACAGCGAUAUGGCCAGCUUAGCUGCAAGCCGUACAUCUUGCUCGGUGGGGGCACUCCAACCGUUGGUAUUAGUGAUGACAGUAAUUUGUGGCUGGAUCACCGCACCGCUGUUGCAACACAAGAAAGCUGAUGAAAUUCGUGACUCACGGAAGGUGGAACGACAGACUCCGCUGCCAAUCUGGCUGCCGCUUGAUCUGCAGCGGUCGCCGACCUACGAGAUAAUAUACGUGGUGCAGGCGCUGUGUGGCACCGCGGCGGUGCAGCUCUCCAUGUUGCUGGACACCUCCUUCUACAAGCUGACGCUGCUGGUGACGGCCGAGCUCCAGGUCCUCAACGACAACCUGGCGGUGCUCGGGAGAGCGGACGUGUCUGCCGAGCGAAGGGGUAGUUUCCCCACAGCUGUGCCCGGACAGGAAAGGGACGGUCUUGAUGUUUCACCGAUUAAACAGACUGCCGUUCCGGUCACAGAGAAUAACGAUCGCUCAAGAAAGCUCCUGUACUUUCAGUUGUUGGAAAACAUACGUCAUCAUCAGGCCAUUAUCAAGUGUUUCCAACUGCUCCAGUCGGCCUUAAACUACUCUAUUUCUAUUCUUCUUCUCACCAACAUACUUACGGUGUGCUUCGCUAUCUUCGUCGCUUCUGUGAUGUUACAGAGUGAUGGAGGCCUGAGGAAAGCCAUGAAAACAAUAACUUCGAUUCCCACCUUGUUGUGUGAGACUGGAAUGUUCUGCAUAUUUGGCCAAAUGGUUGUAGAUCAGAGCGAGAGACUGGCUCGGUCGGCCUACAGCUGCAGCUGGGUUGACGCUGACGCCCGUUUCAAACGAGCGCUCCUCAUACUCGAGACGAGAGCAUCGCAGCCCCUGGAGUUCUCCGUGGGGAAGCUAAUUAAGCUGUCCAGGGAGACAUUUUUGAAGAUUCUGAAUAGUUCGUACACCCUCAUCAGUCUCCUGUAUCAGUUCCAAGUACCAAAAGAUUGAAACAGCAGAGAAGAACCUAUGACACAGCAAAAAGAAGUAUGCAAGGAAUGCUUCAAGUACUGCGAAAAUUUACAAAUAACUUUUCAUCACAUUGCAAACAGAGCACAUCAUUAGUAACUGAUUAUUUCAGACACAUGACUCAUUGUG